CAAAACACACUCGCCCCAGAGGCAGCGCGGCGGAGCCGGAGCCGCGGCCGGAGCGGAGCCGGAGAACGGCGGUGGCGGCGGCGGCACCAUGACCCUGGGCAGCUGCUGCUGCGAGAUCAUGUCCUCCGAGAGCUCCCCGGCCGCGCUGUCCGAGGCCGACGCAGACAUAGACGUGGUGGGCGGCGGCGGCGGCAGCGGUGGGGGGGAGCUCCCUGCCCGCUCCGGGCCCCGCGCCCCCCGGGACGUGCUCCCCCACGGCCCCGAGCCUCCUCCGGAGGAAGCCGAGGCGGACGCAGCCGAGGACGAGGAGGAGUCCGGCGGCUGCUCGGACGGCGAGCCCCGCGCUCUAGCGCCCCGGGGGGCGGCGGCCGCAGCGGGAAGCCCCGGACCAGGCGCGGCGGCGGCGGCAGCGGCCCGGGGCGCCGCGGGGCCGGGGCCGGGACCGCCGUCGGGGGGCGCGGCGACGCGGAGCCCCCUGGUGAAGCCUCCCUACUCGUACAUUGCGCUCAUCACCAUGGCCAUCCUGCAGAGCCCCAAGAAGCGGCUGACGCUGAGCGAGAUCUGCGAGUUCAUCAGCGGCCGCUUCCCCUACUAUCGGGAGAAGUUCCCCGCCUGGCAGAACAGCAUCCGCCACAACCUCUCGCUCAACGACUGCUUCGUCAAGAUUCCCCGCGAGCCGGGCAACCCGGGCAAGGGCAACUACUGGACGCUCGACCCGGAGUCGGCCGACAUGUUCGACAACGGCAGCUUCCUGCGGCGCCGCAAGCGCUUCAAGCGGCAGCCGCUACCGCCGCCGCAUCCACACGCGCACCCUCAUCCCGAGCUGCUGUUGCGUGGCGGGGCUGCGGCGGCGGGGGACCCCGGCGCCUUCCUGCCGGGCUUCGCCGCUUACGGCGCCUACGGCUAUGGCUACGGCUUGGCGCUCCCGGCCUACGGCGCACCCCCACCGGGCCCAGCCCCGCAUCCGCAUCCGCACCCGCACGCCUUCGCUUUCGCCGCCGCUACCGCGCCUUGCCAGCUGUCGGUACCCCCAGGCCGCGCCGCUGCUCCUCCAUCCGGACCUCCGACGGCCUCGGUGUUCGCGGGCGCAGCCUCGGCUCCGGCCCCCGCGCCUGCCCCGGGCGCAGGGUCGGGCCCCGGCCCCGCAGGCCUGCCAGCCUUCCUGGGCGCCGAGCUGGGGUGCGCCAAAGCCUUCUAUCCCGCGUCGCUGAGCCCUCCCGCAGCCGGCACCGCGGCGGGUCUGUCUACCGCACUCCUGCGCCAGGGCCUCAAGACGGACGCGGGCGGUGGUGCGGGCGGCGGGGGCGCAGGGGCCGGGCAGAGGCCUUCCUUCUCUAUAGACCACAUCAUGGGCCACGGUGGCGGCGGGGCAGCACCCCCGGGCGGAGGCGAGGGCUCCCCGGGAUCGCCUUUCGCGGCGGCGGCAGGUCCUGGGGGUCAAGCCCAGGUCUUGGCUAUGCUGACUGCCCCAGCCCUGGCUCCAGUGGCCGGCCACAUCCGCCUAUCUCACCCCGGGGACGCGCUCCUGUCCUCAGGGCCCCCGUUUGCCAGCAAAGUCGCCGGCCUCAGUGGCUGCCACUUCUGACCGCAUCGAGCUCAGGGCCGGUAAGGCCCGCACUCCUCAGCCUCUCCCGGGAGCUCCUGCGGUCCCAACGGAACUCAGGGAGUCUAUUUAUGAAGAGUCUCCAGACC